AGUGCUGCGGGCAGAAUACUAGGAAGGAGACAGUACUUUAAACCGACCUGCUGAAGUAGGCCUGUUCAUUGGCGUAGUAAAUAAAUUGAAAUGGCGAGGCUGCUAUUGAGAUCCAACUUUAGGGGCUUCUAUGCCAACCAGUUUAGGAUGGCAUCCGACCAGUUGGGUGAGCUGGGCAAAGGAGCUGGAAAGGGAGGGGGUGGAGGAGGUACAGUAAGGGAGGCUGGUGGUGCCUUUGGAAAGAGGGAGGCUGCAGAGGAGGAAUAUUAUUUUAGGCAAAAGGAGAAAGAGCAGUUGGCUGCCCUACGGAAGCACCACGAAGAGGAGAUUGAACACAGCAAGAAAGAGAUUGAGCGCUUGCAGCGUGAGAUUGACCGUCACAAGGGCAAAAUCAAGAAGCUGAAACAUGAUGACUGAGCUCUAUCUUUGGUUCCAGACAGUCUCGCUGCUUACAAACAACCAAUGCCAAACAUCAGUGUAGCGCCAAACGUUAUGCCCCACGGUAAUCACUUAUUGCCUAAGUUGGAGUUUCGAGGGAGUUUUUUGGCAGGUUAAUGUAAGAGAUUGUCAAUUGCAAACCAUGAAUAAAACCCUUGAAGUUUUCCAAUUGGGAGACAUUUUGUGAUUACUU